CCCCGGCUCCUCCCGCGCCGGCCCGGCAUGGCUGCCGCGGGACCACCGCCGCCGCCGCCGCCGCCUUCGCCGCAACGGGAGCAGCAGCAGCAGCAGCAGCGCGUCGGCGGGACCACCUGUCUCCAAAGAGCUGCACCUGCAGAGAGGAAGAGCUCCUGAGCUGUGGGACUUUGGCCCUUGGCUGCCACCGCUCCUGCCUGCCACCCGGACCCCCCCCGGAGGGUCCUUUGAGCCACCCGCAUCUGCUUUAGGCCCGCUGUCCAGCGCUGCCCUCCCCAGACCAUGUGGCAGCUAUUGUGCCAAUGCCCGCUUCUCCUCCCGCCCUUCUCACAAGUGACCAAGGGGGCAGCCGGGUGGGGCGCACACUUGGCCCUCUGGAUCCUGGGCCUCGCCUCGGCCGUGGUGCGGAUGGAGAGCCAGGCCUACUCGCCCACCGUCAACACUCACUACGGGAAGCUCCGUGGGGUGCGUGUGCCCCUGCCCAGCGAGAUCCUGGGACCGGUGGAUCAGUACCUGGGGGUGCCCUACGCCGCACCUCCCAUCGGGGACAAGCGGUUCCUGCCCCCCGAGCCUCCACCGUCCUGGUCGGGCAUCCGGAAUGCCACCCACUUCCCCCCAGUGUGCCCGCAGAACAUCCACACCGCCGUGCCCGAGAUUAUGCUCCCCAUCUGGUUCACCUCCAACCUGGACAUUGUGGCCACCUACAUCCAGGACCCCAACGAGGACUGUCUGUACCUCAACAUCUACAUCCCCACCGAGGAUGUAAAGCGGAUUUCCAAGGAAUGCGCCCGAAAACCCAACAAGAAAAUAUGUAGGAAAGGAGGCUCCAGCGCUAAGAAACAGGGCGAGGACUUAGCGGAUAAUGACGGGGAUGAAGACGAAGACAUCCGAGACAGCGGGGCCAAGCCGGUGAUGGUCUACAUCCAUGGGGGCUCCUACAUGGAAGGCACAGGGAACAUGAUUGACGGCAGCGUGCUGGCCAGCUACGGCAACGUCAUCGUCAUCACUCUCAACUACCGCGUGGGAGUCCUGGGGUUCCUGAGUACCGGCGACCAGGCUGCCAAAGGCAACUAUGGGCUCUUGGACCAGAUCCAGGCUCUGCGCUGGAUCAGCGAGAAUAUCGCCUUCUUUGGUGGCGACCCUUUGCGCAUCACCGUCUUCGGGUCGGGCAUUGGGGCUUCCUGCGUCAGCCUGCUCACCCUGUCGCACCACUCCGAAGGUCUUUUCCAGCGAGCCAUCAUCCAGAGUGGCUCCGCUCUGUCCAGUUGGGCAGUCAACUACCAGCCGGUGAAGUACACCAGCUUGCUGGCUGACAAAGUGGGCUGCAAUGUUCUGGACACUGUGGACAUGGUGGACUGCCUGAGGCAGAAGACUGCCAAGGAACUGGUGGAGCAGGACAUCCAGCCGGCACGCUACCACGUGGCCUUUGGGCCGGUCAUCGAUGGGGACGUCAUCCCGGACGACCCCGAGAUCUUGAUGGAGCAGGGGGAGUUCCUCAACUAUGACAUCAUGCUUGGCGUCAACCAGGGUGAGGGACUGAAGUUUGUGGAGGGGGUCGUGGACCCGGAGGAUGGUGUUUCAGGCAGCGAUUUUGAUUAUUCUGUCUCCAAUUUUGUGGACAACCUGUACGGCUACCCAGAGGGUAAAGACACCCUGCGCGAGACCAUCAAAUUCAUGUACACAGACUGGGCUGACCGGGACAACCCGGAAACACGACGCAAGACCCUGGUGGCCCUCUUCACUGACCACCAGUGGGUUGAGCCGUCGGUGGUGACCGCUGACCUUCACGCUCGUUAUGGGUCCCCCACGUAUUUCUACGCUUUUUAUCACCACUGCCAGAGCCUCAUGAAGCCGCCCUGGUCUGAUGCGGCCCACGGAGACGAGGUGCCUUACGUCUUUGGGAUCCCCAUGAUUGGCCCCACCGACCUCUUUCCCUGCAACUUCUCCAAGAACGACGUCAUGCUCAGUGCCGUCGUUAUGACCUACUGGACCAACUUUGCCAAGACUGGGGACCCCAACAAGCCAGUGCCCCAGGACACCAAGUUCAUCCACACCAAGGCCAAUCGGUUUGAGGAAGUCGCCUGGUCCAAGUACAACCCCCGUGACCAGCUCUACCUGCACAUUGGCCUCAAGCCUCGGGUGCGCGACCACUACCGUGCCACCAAGGUUGCCUUUUGGAAGCACCUGGUCCCGCAUCUGUACAACCUGCACGACAUGUUCCACUACACCUCCACCACCACGAAGGUGCCGCCUCCUGACACCACCCAGAAUUCCCACAUGGCGCGCCGGCCCAAUGGGAAGGCCUGGAGCACCAAACGGCCGGCCAUUUCCACUGCCUACACCAGCGAGGGUUCGCAGGAGAAGUGGAACCCCGAGCAGGAUGGGGCAGGCACGCUCCUGGUGGAGAACCCCCGAGAUUACUCCACCGAGCUGAGCGUCACGAUUGCCGUGGGGGCCUCCCUCCUCUUCCUCAACGUUCUGGCCUUUGCAGCGCUCUACUACCGCAAGGACAAGCGACGGCAGGACACCCACCGCCAGCCCAGCCCGCAGCAUGCCCCCGCCACCAACGAUAUCGGGCACACCCCAGAAGAGGAGAUUCCCUCUCUGCAGACCAGCCAGGCGCACCAUGGAGACUGUGAGGCAGUCCCAACCCACGAUGCCCUCCGCCUCACCGCCUUGCCCGACUACACGCUCACGUUACGCCGCUCACCCGACGACAUUCCACUCAUGACGCCCAACACCAUCACCAUGAUCCCCAACUCCCUGGUGGGGCUGCAGACCCUGCACCCCUACAACACCUUUGCUGCCAGCUUUAGCAGUACUGGGCUCCCUCACUCACACUCCACCACCCGGGUAUAGCCGCCAUGCACACGCUCCACCUCACUGGACCUUGGGCUAUGGGGUCAGACAUGGCAACUCUCUUGGCUCGUACUAUCAAGUGCUUUGCUCUCCUCAUCUCCAGAGCAACGGAGGCUUCAUGGAGUCCGGCAGAGAAGGCGAGACCCCCCCCCCCCGGGCUGUCCUGAGUAAACCCUUUGUGCUCCCAGGUCCAGCUGGCACUGCCAAGGAAGCCCAGGACAGCCCCUCGCCUCCUGGAACCACCGUGGGGGACUCCGCCUGGGCACCUCCUAGUGGGCACUCUUGGAACAGAGCUUUGGAGAACGGCUCCCACAAGCUUAGCUGCCACCUUGUGGCAGGAGAUGGUUGGCAGUUCCUGGAGCUCUUGGACAGGUGCCAUUUGGGGGUGGGUGGGGGUUUUUCUAAACCCCGUAGUGGAUCCUGGAUCCCCUGGCCUUGAUGCUGGGCCUAGCAGGUACUGCUUGGUACCCUGGCUCCAUACCACACUUUUCAUGUUGCGGAGAUUCUGUCUGUCUGUCUGUUUCUUUCCAAAAGACGUUUUUUAAGCAGAUCUUUAGUUCUUUAAACACUAACGGAGACACCGUGUUUUGUCCUUUGUAAAGAUUUUAAACUAAGUGUUCUUGAUACAGCCAAUUAGACACACACGUCACCCAGGCAAGCACAUCCACCCCCCCCCCUCCUCCAGCUGCAUCUGUGCCAAACUCUGAAACCAGCAGGCUUCCCUCGGGGCAGGCAGUGGCACAGAGUAAACCACGAGGCCAUUUUGUACUUUUGAUAUGCCCUUCCUAGCCAUCGUGUCCAAUGGCCAUCCAUGCUCUUGGGGACCAGCAGCUUCCUCCUGCCCUCUGCCCUGGCCAGCUGCAGACCACGGCCCAGCCGCAUCCUUGAGCUUCUUGCCAGCCCACAGCUUGCCCUGCCCUCCAACUCACAGCUACCCCUCUGCUGGUUGGAGAGGCAGGGAAGGAGGAGGGUGGCACGCGUAGGGGCAGGAAGGGGCUUGCCCCCAUGUGUCUGGCUGCCAGGUCCAGGACAAGGGCUGCUGGUUGAUGGAGACCCCGCAGUGGCAGCUUGAGGAUUUGCCACGGGUGGGUCUUGGGCCUGGGGUUGGGGGGAAAGAGGGCAGGGGAAGACAGCAGACAGCAAACCCUGCCUUGUCGGAGUCUGGCUGGCAGGAGGGGCCACCAGGUGGUCAGCAGCACUGUCAGCUGGCAGGUGAGGAUUCUGAGGUGGUGGGAGGGGGACACGUUGAGGAGGGGCUGCAAGCAACUCAGGCGGUGGGAUUUGAUCCAGCUUGCCUGGAAGUUUAAAACUUCUGUGUGUGUCUCCUCCACCCGUCACCAGCCUGCUCCUCGCUGGGGGGUGGGGGUGGGGAAUGUAUCUUGGAGCAGAGGAACGAGAAAAUUCCCAAUAAACUGGAAGGGAUAUUUUUA